AUGUGCGUGUGCAGCGGAGCGUCUCUGUGUCACUGCGACGGGGUCAAAGGUCAAAAGGGGGAGCGGGGACAGACUGGAUUCAAGGGGUUACCAGGUUUGAUCGGCUUUCCAGGGAGUGAGGGUCACGAGGGACCACCGGGAGAAAAGGGUUUUCCAGGGAAGCCUGGGGUUUCUGGACCUCCCGGGUUCCCGGGUGUUCCUGGUCUGGAAGGGCCUCUGGGUCAACCUGGACUCCCAGGAUGCAACGGGUCCAAGGGCUCAGAGGGUUUGCCAGGUCUCCCCGGAUUCAGCGGAGUCAAAGGACUCAGGGGAGAUCCGGGUCCGAGAGGAGAAAAGGGCGACACUUUGAUGACCUUUGACCCUGGCCAGGCUGUGAGGGGUGCACCUGGACCACCAGGACUCACUGGAGCACAGGGAGAGGAGGGACUUCCUGGACCUCCUGGAUUUCCAGGAGCAACCGGACCUUUUGGACUCCCGGGUCAACCCGGGCUCCCAGGACCCACUGGAGAAAAGGGUCAGGAGGGCCCCAGUCCUGUGGUGCCGGGGCCCCGGGGCCAAAAGGGGGAGCGAGGGCCCCCAGGAGCCCCGGGACAGAAAGGCAUCAAACUGUACGCCUCAGGCCCCCAGGAACUCAAGGGAGAACCAGGUGACCCCGGCCCCAAAGGCUGCAGGGGCCCCAGUGGACUUCCGGGAAAUGCUGGAUCUAAAGGACAGAAGGGAGAGCCAGGAGAGCCAGGAUCAGAGGGGAAAGAUGGGAAACCCGGAUAUCCUGGAGAACUGGGCCAACAAGGAGACCCUGGUCUCCGUGGAGACCUGGGCCCUGCGGGGAUCCCUGGAGUCCAGGGACUCCAGGGGCCCCCGGGUCUUCAGGGGCCUCCAGGACUGAGUGGAGAGACAGGUAAUACACAGUGUGACCUGCAGAGGGCGCUGUCACACACGAUUUUUGUGUUACAGGAUUCCCAGGACCCCCAGGGCGUCCCGGAGAUCCAGGUACAGAGGCAUGUCUGUGUAUCAGGGGACGUGGCUAACCUGCUAGCCACGCUACACCACCCUCUCCCCCGCACCACCCCUCCGCACUACCCUCUGCACCACUGUCACUCCUGCACCACCCUCUGCACCACUGUCACUCCUGCACCACCCUCUGCACCACUGUCACUCCUGCACCACUGUCACUCCUGCACCACUGUCACUCCUGCACCACUGUCACUCCUGCACCACCCUCUCCCCUGCACCACCCUCUGCACCACUGUCACUCCUGCACCACCCUCUGCACCACUGUCACUCCUGCACCACUGUCACUCCUGCACCCCCCUCUGCACCACUGUCACUCCUGCACCACUGUCACUCCUGCACCCCCCUCUGCACCACUGUCACUCCUGCACCACUGUCACUCCUGCACCACUGUCACUCCUGCACCACCCUCUCCCCUGCACCACCCUCUGCACCACUGUCACUCCUGCACCACCCUCUGCACCACUGUCACUCCUGCACCACUGCUCAGGGCCCCCAGGGGCCCCUGGUCCUCGGGGGCCCCCAGGCUCCUCAGGCCCCAAAGGAGAGAGCGGAGACCCGGGUCCCCUUCUGUUUGGACCCCCAGGACGAGACGGGCCCCCAGGCCCAGAGGGACCUAAGGGAGUGACCGGAGACCCAGGCAACCAAGUGUCGGUCAAAGGGCCCUCAGGGGCCAAAGGGAGCAAAGGUCUGAUGGGCCCCAGUGGACGCAGAGGAGCUGACGGAGAACCAGGGGUCCCAGGGGAUCCAUGCUUCACCUGCUACCCAGGACGUCCCGCUGAGAAGGGACAACCAGGGCCCCGAGGAGAACCUGGAGCCCAAGGUGAACAGCCACAACCUUUUGUCUCUGAUCCAGGGGCUGAGGGGCUCCCAGGGGCCCCAGGAGAGAAGGGGAGCAGUGGAGGGCCAGGGCCCCCAGGACCACAGGGUCCCUUUGGGCCCCCAGGACUUCGAGGGCCCCCCGGGCCUCCUGGAGACCCUGGUCUGCUCAUCAGACAGGGGACUAAAGGAGAGAAGGGGGACCCGGGCCCUCCAGGGGCCACAGGAGCAGAUGGAGCAGAUGGAGACUCAGGGAAACCAGGCGGCAGAGGGCCCCCAGGGGCCAAGGGCUACGCUGUGUUUGGUCCCAGGGGAGAUCCAGGUCCAGAGGGAGAGCCCGGCCCCAGAGGCCCCCCUGGACAGAGGGGCCCCCCAGGGCCCACACGCAUCGGGGCCCCAGGAUUCACUGGCCCCAAAGGCAGUGUGGGGGUCCAAGGGUCCCCAGGAGAACCAGGACUACCAGGGGAGAAGGGGGAGCCUUUCAAAUACGACAUCUCUCCAGGAAACCCAGGUCCUAAAGGGUCAAAGGGUCAGAGUGGUAGUCCAGGAUCUGAAGGUCUGGCUGGAUUCCCGGGAAGACCAGGACGCCCAGGACCCAAAGGAUUGAAGGGAGACUCGGGGUUCUCCAUCCAGGGACCGCAAGGGUUUCCUGGGGUCAAAGGAAACAGAGGCUCUCCUGGAGACCCGGGUUUGCCCAGUUUUGGGGUCAAAGGUCGAGCUGGACCUUCAGGACCCCCAGGACGACCUGGAGCCAAGGGGGAUCCUGGCUUUGAAUUUCCAGGGACCCAGGGUCGGAGCGGCCCCCAAGGAGAGGAGGGGUCUGUGGGGCCCCAGGGUGACCGAGGGGCCCCUGGUCUGAAUGGAGAACCAGGACGUGCAGGAGAGAGGGGAGUGACUGGAGCUAAAGGGGACCCUGGACCGGUUGGACCUCCUGGACCCCCAGGGUUUGUGGGUCGGUGUCUCCCAGGACCUCCUGGACCUCCAGGAAAACCAGGACCUUUUGGAAAUCUGGGAUUCCCAGGUGUGAAGGGACCAAAAGGAGUUCAGGGGGACCAGGGGCCCCCGGGCAUCGGGAACAUGGGCCCCCCCGGUCCUUAUGGGGCCCCAGGCUUUGACGGAGAGCCGGGGCCUGUGGGAGCUGUGGGGAGGAAGGGCCAAACAGGAGCCCCGGGAGCAGCAGGAGGGACAGGUUCCAGAGGAAACUCAGGGCCCUCAGGACCUGCCGGCCCCCCGGGACCCCAAGGAAGACCAGGGCCAUCGGGGCCAGCGGGGCCCACAGGAGAGCCGGGGUUCUCGGGGGCCCCAGGAUCCCAGGGGCCCAGAGGGACUCAGGGAGAGCUGGGAGUCCCAGGCCCCAAAGGAGAAAGAAAAGUGAUCCGAGUUUAUGGAGAAGAGGGUCCCCCAGGCGCCACAGGAUCCCCGGGUGCCCCUGGAGAGCGAGGAGAGGACGGUGUGUUUGGACUCAGAGGAUUUCGGGGUCGAGACGGUUCCCCGGGACCAGACGGAGCUCAAGGAGCCGCGGGGGAGCAGGGGACACAGGGAGAGCCCGGUCUGCCUGGAGUGAGCGGGCCCCCGGGGGACUCAGGGCAGAUGGGGCCCCCAGGGUGUAAAGGAGACAGGGGCGUCCCGGGGCCACGGGGGGAUCCGGGCGCGGGGGGACCCCCGGGACCCCCUGGAGAUAAAGGCCCCAAAGGAGACGCCAGUUCAGACGGAAGAGGCCCCAAAGGCGUCAAGGGAGACAAGGGCCCGACCGGACCCCCGGGGGCCCCGGGACCUCGGGGGGCUGUGGGGGAACGAGGAGCUGAUGGGGCCCCUGGAGUGUGUGGCCCCUGUGGAGAGCCAAGGCCCCCAGGACUCAAAGGCUUCAGAGGGGCCCCUGGUUUACCUGGAGCGAGGGGCUUUGAUGGGCCCCAAGGGGCCAAUGGACUUCCAGGCUUCAGUGGACUCCCAGGAAACAAAGGAGCUCCUGGAGACCCGGGACGUCCAGGUCCAAGAGGAAACCAGGGCCAGGACGGGAUCCCCGGGCCGGCCGGAGAGAAGGGCAUGAUGGGAGCUCCGGGAUUCGGCCCCCGGGGACCAGAGGGACCCAAAGGAAGUCCUGGCUGUGCUGGGGACCCAGGCCCCCCAGGCUCCUGUGGCCCCCCUGGACCCCCUGGUCCUCAGGGAGAGCCCGGUCUGGUCGGGUUUCCGGGUCCUGCGGGUCCUGUCGGGUGUAAAGGACAACAAGGGCUCUGCUACGAGGGCCCCAAAGGAGACAGAGGCCCCGAGGGAUGCCGAGGGCCCCCAGGACCGAUCGGGUGUAAGGGCCCCCAGGGGCCCCCGGGGCCCGGCUUUAAAGGAGACAAAGGAAACAAGGGCCCCUCCGGACUGAAGGGCAGAGAGGGGCCCCCAGGAACACCGGGGGCCCCAGGCAUACCGGGUCUGGACGGACUCCCAGGGGCCCCAGGACCAAAGGGACAGAUGGGCUCCACAGGGGCCCCCGGCCCCGAGGGACUCAAGGGAGAUUCAGGGCCACCAGGACCAGAUGCUUAUCCAGGGCCCCCCGGGCCCCCCGGAGCUAAAGGUGUGAAGGGUCGGCCUCGCCCUGUGGUGCAGAGUCCAGGAGGUCCAGGUCCAGAUGGGAGUCCAGGAGAAAAUGGACCCACAGGAGUGAAGGGAGAACCAGGGCGGAUGGGAGCACAGGGGGUCAAAGGGCGUAAAGGUCGACCCGGGUCCACGUUUGGACCAGGACCUCCCGGACCCAAGGGCUUCAAAGGAGACCAGGGCCUCAAAGGACUUAAAGGGGCGGAGGGCUUUCGGGGGGAUCUGGGGCGUAAAGGAGCCAUUGGGCCCCCAGGGAAACUGGAAGGUGCUUCUCACAGUGACGGGUUCUUGUUCACGAGGCACAGUCAGAGCCUACAUAUCCCAGAAUGCCCUGCUGCAUUGAGUCGGGUCUACUCCGGCUUCUCUCUGCUCUUCAUCAACGGAAACAACCGGGCUCACGGACAAGACCUGGGGUCUCUGGGCAGCUGUCUGCCUCGCUUCAGCACCAUGCCGUUCCUCUUCUGUAACCCCGACAGCACCUGUCGCUAUGCCUCCAGGAACGACUAUUCCUAUUGGCUGAGCACGGACCAAUCAGAGAGCAGCUCAGACCUCCUGUCCGAGUCACAGCUGCAGAACCACAUCAGCAGGUGCACAGUCUGUGAGUCCAGGAGUAAUGUGAUGGCCGUCCACAGUCAGACGUCCUCAGUCCCAGACUGUCCUCAGGACUGGGACUCUCUGUGGAGCGGAUUCUCCUUCGUCAUGGAGACCGGUGUGGGGGCCGAGGGCUCGGGGCAGCCCCUCAUCUCUCCUGGGUCGUGUUUAGAAAUCUUCAGGAAAAUCCCGUUCAUCGAGUGUCACGGACGUGGAACCUGCAACUACUACACAGACUCCUACUCCUAUUGGCUGGCCGCACUAGACCCCGCCUACAUGUUCAGUAAACCUGUUCCUCAGACUGAUUCAGUGUCUCCUGAACGUCUAAUCAGCCGCUGCAGAGUGUGUAUCAAGAGACUAAACCAGGACUAAACCAGGACUAAACCAGGACUAAACAGGACUAAACCAGGACUAAACCAGGACUAAACCAGGACCAAACCAGGACUAAACCAGGACUAAACCAGGUCUAAACCAGGACUAAACCAGGUCUAAACCAGGACCAAACCAGGACCAAACCAGG